UUUCACAGUUUCACUCCAACCUGCAAAGUGCAGACUGGAAUGUACGACGCCGUUUUGCUGCAGUUAUCUUCUCUUUUCCAUACUGAAAUCCAUUCCAGUUAUCAAAGCUGAAACUGAGCCGAACACAAAACAGUGAUAAGAGAGCAGAGUUAUCCUUCCCAGCAUAGCAUAUGGGUAGUAACGAAACAACCGGGUCGGGCCAGCAGGCCGGGCCGAGCGGAGGAGAAGCGGGUCCCAGCAACCCGAGCGCAGCACGCCGUUUCCCACUGGCGGCUCAGCCGGAGGUCAUGAGAGCCGCCGAAAAGGACGACCAGUACGCCUCCUUCGUCUACGACGCUUGCCGCGACGCCUUCCGCCACCUCUUUGGUACAAGAAUUGCUGUGGCUUACCAGAACGAGACAAAGCUUCUCGGGCAAAUGCUCUAUUACAUUUUGACUACAGGGUCGGGCCAGCAAACCCUGGGAGAAGAGUACUGCGAUAUCACUCAGGUUGCAGGGCCCUAUGGGCUGCCUCCAACACCAGCAAGGCGUGCACUUUUCAUUGUGUACCAGACGGCUCUUCCUUAUAUUGCAGAAAGAAUUAGUUCUCGAGCUGCUAAUCGCGGCAUUCUCCUUGCUGAUUCCCAGUCUGAUCAGGUUUACAGCAUCAGUGCUUUGACGAGCAAUGAUGCUCAGUCUUCUUCAAGCACUCGUGCCUCCACGCCGCCGCCGUCUGCUUCAGCUCUCAAAAGAUUGAAGCAGAGAUUGAAUGCAUUGUGGCUUUCUGCUGUUCGGAAAUGGCCAACGGUUCUCCCUAUAGCUCGAGAGUUUUUGCAGUUGGUUAUACGUGCCAACCUGAUGUUCUUUUACUUUGAAGGUCUCUAUUAUCACAUAUCGAAACGUGCUGCAGGCAUUCGUUAUGUGUUCAUUGGAAAACCAUCUAACCAAAGGCCUAGAUACCAAAUUCUGGGCAUAUUUUUACUGAUUCAGCUUUGUAUCAUCGCUGCUGAAGGACUACGCCGUAGCAAUUUAUCCUCUAUAGCAACUUCAGCUCAGCAGACCUUUGGUGCACACCAAACUUCAUCAGGUCGAGAUUUGCCUGUGUUAAAUGAGGAGGGCAAUUUGAUAUCAGUGGACGGUGCCAAGGGUAGUUGGGUUUCUGAUUCAUCAACUUCAGAGGUGAGUGGGAUCAGCAAAUGCACACUCUGUUUGAGCAAUCGCCAACACCCUACAGCCACACCUUGUGGUCAUGUAUUCUGCUGGAGUUGCAUUAUGGAAUGGUGCAACGAAAAACCUGAAUGCCCUCUCUGCCGGACCCCUAUUACUCAUUCAAGCCUAGUUUGCUUGUACCAUUCAGACUUCUAGCAGUAGGUCAUGGUUAACUAGAAUAGUAGUUGAGCCACUUGCUCUCUUGUUUAAAGAUACCAGAGUACUGUGACUACUGUCUGUAAUCUGAAAUAAUAGAUAGGUUAUAGUAGAAGAUUAUUGCCAAGCAAUGAGUUUUUCUCUCAAAUCUGUAGGAGGAACAAGUAGCUACUUAUACCUAGGAAGAAGGCAUAAGAUUGUAACAUGAUUUCUACUUGUAAUCUAGCACAACUUUGUAACAUGUUAUGUGCAAAUGAUUUUAACAUCCCCUUUAGAGGGAUAAUUCUCC